CCCAUAUACCCUCCCAGUACCAGGCGGUUCACUUGAUUUUGUGUUUUAAGGGGGGUGCGUCCUUUGGUCUUAGUUUGCUGCCCUGCUGCCUCUUUUGCACGCAUCUUACCUUCGGAUAGCUAGCUUCAUUCCAGAUAUCCCACGUAGGCUCUUUAUUUUGGCACCGGUUUGGCCGCUGUAGUGGCGACCAGUCUCGUGAAUGCCAAAGCAUAAAGGAGAAGUCCUCCAACAGAAAUAUCACUCUUGGAGCUUCUGUCGUCGAGCCUGCUAAACAAGCCCUCCCCUUUUCGGCUUGGAGUCUCGUGACCGAGGAGGUCCCGUCCUCUCUCCCUCCCCUGGAAGAAACAAAAACACCCACAGCUCCUCUCUUCGCCCUCUCCCAACUUCUCCCCUCUAUCAGCCAGCACGCCCUCUUCUACGUCUUAAAAGGAUACAACGAUCUUUCAUCUUGCUUCAGCUUGUGUCCCUCUGUUUACCGUGCCUACUGUCUCAAGCUGGAAAGCAAAGAGUCGAACAACGCGCAGUAUUGCUCGAUAUGGGUGAUAAACCUGCGCUUAAGGCGAACGGUGUUGAAGAUCCAGCGUUGACAGUGACAUCCAAAGAUAAUGGCAAGGCAAAAUCAGGUAUUUCUCUCUCUCCUUGCCUCUUGUCACUUUUUUUUUUUGGGUGAUGGAGAUCCCGGUGGAUGGUCCCAUGUAGCCCAUGAAAAAUUGUUAUCUGCACUUCAAGGACCAGAGAGCAUAUGUUGCUUGGCUGCGAAGUCCUGCCUCUGAUUGUCUCUAACCGUUCUCUCUGUCGUUUCCAGAGCAAGAAGUUUAUGGCUGCGGAUUUGAAAGCGGACCCAGCCGUCCACCAACCCCUCAUGGCAUUGGUAUGCCAAACAACUUCGCGGAAGUUGUCAAGGGCAUUUACAGAAGUAGCUUUCCCAUGCCCGUUCAUCUCAGCAGUCUCGCACAGCUUAACUUGAAGACAAUCGUUACCCUUGUUGAAGAAGAGUGGUCCCCUGAAUAUUCGGCGUUUGUACGGGAUAAGGGCAUCACCUCUCGCAUCAUCCCUAUCCUAGCAAACAAGCAGCCCAAUGUUUUCACCCCCUACAGCACCAUUGUGGAAGUCUUGACCAUCCUCCUCGAUACCAGAAACCAUCCUGUUAUGGUUCAUUGUAAUAAAGGAAAGCAUCGCACUGGAUGCAUAAUGGCCUGUUUCCGCAAAGCCCAGGGAUGGACCUCUGUGGCUGCCAUUGCAGAAUACAUCUAUCACUCAGCUCCCAAGACUCGAACUCUGGACCGUAAUUAUAUCCAAGAAUUUGAUGAGGGUACGGUAGCAGAUCUCGUCAAAAAGACCGGUGCUCAAAAGUGGCUUCCAACCUUCCCACCCAUCAAAUAUACCUUUGAUAGCGAGGAUGAAGAAAAUCCUCAUAUGAACGGCAACAGUGCGAAGAAGUCAGAACUUGCAACGAGUGCACCUCCAGUUUCAUUCCAUGGAGCAAACGGACUUCGACAUACCAACAGCCUUUGA